AGAGUCUGGUACCCCGUCGGGCCAAGACGGACCCCGGCACCUUCAAGUGCAAUCUUUUCAAUUGGGUGGGAUCUGUGGGACCGGUUCUCACUAAAGAAUAGGAGACUUUAAAGAGGACUCUUUUUUUGUCUCAGGCUCUCCCGGAUCCCUGCGCGGGUCACCUGCCCCUCCCCCUCGGGGGCGUUGGGAACUCAAAACAAAAACAAGGGGCGAGCUCGCGCUUCCUUCCGCGGCGGCUGCGGCGGGGGUGGAGGCUGCCGAGGUGGGAGGGAGGCUGGCGGGCAACAGGCCGGCGGGGUGGCGGCGGGACGGGGGAGUACUGCCGCGAUGAGGCCGGCGUUGUGAGGCCGGCGGUGGCAGCGGCGGCGAAGGGAACGCUGGGCCGCGAGUGGAUGAGGGCCGCGGGGGGUCGCUGACCCGCAGGGUCCCGCAGACGGAGCAGCUGGGCGUGGAGGCCCGUCCCCUUCCCCGCGCUCUCCUGGCUGGGGCGCCACGGGGACGGGAACGGGAUCCCCAGCGCGAUGAAGGAUUUGGGAGCUGAGGAGUUGGCGGGUCGGGAAGGGGUCCAGCUCUUCCGACUGCUGAACCUCUACUUGGAGCAGGAGCAGAGAUUUCAACCCCGGGAGAAGGGGCUAAGCCUGAUUGAAGCCGCCUCCGAGAAUGAUAACACUUUGUGUCCGAGAUUGAGAAAUGUUAAGGUGGAAGAUCUUAGGAGUUUAGCCAACUUUUUUGGAUCUCGAACUGAAACAUUUGUCCUGGCUGUCAACAUUUUGGAUCGAUUCUUGGCUCUUAUGAAGGUGAAGCCUAAACAUUUGUCUUGCAUUGGAGUCUGUUGUUUUCUUCUGGCUGCUAGAAUAAUUGAAGAGGAAUGCAAUAUUCCAUCAACCCAUGAUGUCAUCAGAAUUAGUCAGUGCAAAUGUACUACUUCUGACAUAAAACGGAUGGAAAAAAUUAUUUCUGAAAAGUUGCACUAUGAAUUAGAAGCUACUACUGCCUUAAACUUUUUGCACUUAUACCACACUAUCGUACUUCGUCAUACUUCAGAAAGGAAAGAAGUAUUGAAUCUUGAUAAAUUGGAGGCUCAGCUGAAAGCUUGCAACUGCCGACUAAUUUUUUCAAAAGCAAAACCAUCUGUAUUAGCUUUGUGCCUUCUUAAUCUAGAAGUGGAAACUUUGAAAUCUAUUGAGUUAUUGGAAAUUCUUCUUCUUGUUCAAAAGCAUUCCAAGAUUAAUGAUGCUGAUUUCUCUUACUGGAGGGAGUUAGUUUCAAAAUGCCUAGCAGAGUAUUCUUCUCCUGAGUGUUGCAAACCAGACCAUAAAAAGCUUGUGUGGAUUGUUUCAAGACGCACAGCUCAAAAUCUUCACAACAGCUAUUACAGUGUCCCUGAACUGCCUACGAUUCCAGAAGGUGGCUGUUUUGAGGAGAGUCAGAGUGAGGACUCUUGUGAAGAUAUGAGUUGUGGAGAAGAAAGUCUGAGCAGCUCCCCUCCCAGCGAUCAAGAAUGCACCUUCUUUUUUGAUUUCAAGGUGGCACAAGCCCUGUGCUUCCAAUCUUAGAAAUCUAGUUGUACAAAGUACAAGUUUGCAGUCUGCCGGUUUCUAAGCAAUAAAUAUGGGAUACUCUUCCCUUCCCCUUUAUCUUUCAGGAAGGAGUUGCAUGGACUGGAUCUACCUACUUUGUUUAUUAUUCAGAUCAGAUCUGGCCUAUUUUCAUAUUUAAUUCUAAGCCAUUAAAUGGGUUUAUGCUUCUUAGACAAGUAGUGAAAAUACUUAGGGGUGGCACUUUUCCCCCCCUCCUGAAUAGAAAUGAUUUUUUAACUGGAGAAGGGGUGGCUUGGUGGGGGGAACAACAAUUCACUAAAACCUUCAACUUACUACUUUUCAGAGGAUUUUGUGAGGGUUUUUUUGUUUGUUUGUUUUUAAGAUGCAGUCUAAAUAUUUGUGGGUCUUUUACAAUUUCAUGUAAAUUCUUCAGGUAUUGUCAUUUAAACCUUUUGGGAGUGUGCCUAUCUAUACUCUCUUGGCUGGGACAAUGGAUCACAGUUUCACAGAUGUGUCUUCAUGAUGGAGGAUACAUUCAAACAUGUCAGGAUAUGCUUUUAAAACAUUGAAUGUAAUAUCCAAUACAGACCCAGUAAAACUUAAAAAUGUAGUAGUCUUGCUCUUGUGCAUUUUAAUAUUUAGUGUCUUAGUUGAAGUUGUCAUACUAGCUACAGAAAUAAUUGGCAAGCAAAGCUUGAUAAGUAUUUGCAUUUUUUUAAGUCUUAAAUAUUUUAAUCCUUUAGUUUAUUUUAGUGUUUAAUAAACUGUAAUCAAAACUAGUUUUGCAUGCAUAUGUAUAAAAGCUAUUAGUGCCGAAUAAGGUUAUUACAUAGAACUGGGUAAAUGUGGAAUUGAUAAAUGUUGAUGUGACAACAGACAUCUAGUUUUGUUGCAUUAAAAAAAAAUCACAUGUUGGUAUGAUUACAUUAUACUCUUUGGAAAUACAGGAAGUAAAUAGAAUGAGAAUGUAAUUCACAUUUCAAGAAUAACGGUAUUAGAAUAUGGGUGCCAAGGUGGAAAUAUGAAGUAAAAAGAUGUUUGUAGUAGUAUAUGUAAGUAAAUUUCUUUGCUAUGGCGCAGAUGUAAGAAUGGUGAUGUAUGAACUUUGUACACUUUGUGUUUUGUACAAAGAAAUGUAUUUUUUAAAGUUUACAAAAUGUAUAUAAAAAUGUAAAUCUUAAAAAAUGUACAUAAAAAAGCACUGUAUUUUUUUACAUGGUGUAAUUGUAGAAUUGCAUGUAGAUAUAAUUUAUUGUGUAUUCUGUAUCAUAGAAACUGUAUAUUGAUGAUUCGCUUUGUUUCUUUUCUACUUCAGGCAGCAUCUGAUCUAUGUUUUUCCAAAGUAGAGUUAGACGUAAUCUGGCAGAUUACUACUCAGAAUAAAGGAAAAGUUAAUGAAGCAUA